AUGGCUCCCAAAUAUGUUCCAACAAACUCUCUCUUGAGAAGUCUCAACCACGCUCUUCGAGAACACCGUAAAUGCUCCAAGUCCCACUUCAAACCGAGAACAAGGGCAGCGGCGACAUUCGCCCAUCGACGGCAUGCCCAAGCCAUCUCCGUCCUCCCAACCGCGGUGGACAAGUCUAGUCAAGACUUCAAAGACAAUGCAGCCCAGCUGAGUGAGGCCAUGAAAAAAUAUGCAGCAUUACACCAGAAGAUCUCCCAAGGGGGACCAGAGAAGGCGCGGCAGAAACACAUUCAAAGGGGUAAAAUGCUGGCCAGAGAUCGCAUAACAGCUCUUGUCGACCCCGGUAGCCCGUUCAUGGAACUUUCGCCCCUCGCCGCUUACGAGGUCUACGAGGAAGAUAUCCCCGCUGCAGGCGUCAUCGCGGGGAUUGGGACGGUCGAAGGCGUGACAUGCAUGAUUGUUGCCAACGAUGCCACAGUCAAGGGCGGGACAUACUACCCCUUGACAAUCAAGAAACACCUGAGGGCGCAGGAAAUUGCUCAGCAGAACAAGCUACCUUGUAUCUACCUCGUCGAUUCCGGUGGUGCGAAUUUACCGAACCAAGCCGACGUCUUUCCAGACAGGGAUCACUUUGGACGCAUAUUCUUCAACCAAGCCAGGAUGAGUAGCAUGGGCAUCCCUCAGAUUGCGGUGGUAAUGGGCCCUUGCACGGCCGGCGGUGCCUACGUACCUGCAAUGUGCGACGAAUCCAUCAUCGUCGAGAAACAAGGCACCAUCUUUCUAGCGGGCCCUCCGCUGGUCAAGGCUGCCACCGGGGAAGUCGUCUCAGCCGAAGACUUGGGCGGCGGUUCACUCCACAGCUCUGUUUCUGGGGUCACAGACUACCUCGCUGUGGACGAUGCUCACGCCAUAGUACUCGCCCGCCGCUCCAUCUCCAACCUCAAUUAUCCCAGAGAACAGCCCCCCAUCAGUCCAGAUGAAAUCCGUGAACCGCUGUACGACCCGUCCGAGCUCUCCGGCAUCGUAGGGACCAACCUGCGCAAGCAGAUCCCCAUGCACGAAAUCAUCGCCCGCAUCGUCGAUGGCAGCGAAUUUGCCGAAUUCAAGAAGGACUACGGUACCACGUUGCUGACCGGGUUUGCGAGGAUCCACGGCUACCAGGUGGGCAUCAUCGCCAAUAACGGCAUUUUGUUCUCCGAGUCCAGCUUGAAAGGCGCCCAUUUCAUCGAACUGUGCUGCCAACGAAACAUCCCGCUGGUCUUUUUGCAAAACAUUUCCGGAUUCAUGGUCGGGGCGGACGCCGAGCGCGGCGGCAUCGCGAAGAACGGGGCCAAGCUCGUCACGGCGGUCGCGUGUGCCGACGUCCCCAAGUUCACCGUCGUCGUGGGCUCGUCGGCCGGCGCGGGAAACUACGGCAUGUGCGGGCGCGCCUACUCGCCGCGCUUCCUGUGGAUGUGGCCGAACGCGAAGAUCGGCGUCAUGGGCCCGGACCAGUUGACGGCCGUCAUGGAGACGGUGGGCAAGAGCGUCGACGUGGGUCUGAGGGACCGCAUCGAGCGCGAGAGUGACGCCGCCUUCUCCAGUGCAAGGCUGUGGGACGACGGCGUCAUCCAUCCCGCGCAGACGAGGAACAUGUUGGCCAUGGGCUUGAAGGUUGCGCUGGGUGGUAGGGCAGACGAUGCGCCGACCAAGUUUGGCGUCUUUAGGAUGUAA